GCCAUUAAGCCCACUGUAAUCGUGUUCUCAGCACCAACACAUAUAGAGACACUCUCAAUGUAAAGAGAGCGCAAAGAAUACGAAGAAGAAAAGGAGAAGAAUAAAAUGAGAGCGAGAUCAGUUUUGGAUCGAGCAGAGACGAGAAAGCACGCGUUGUGAAUUGCUGCCCAGACUACAAUUUCAGAAGUGGUUCAGAAGCCCACUAAAGUUAGAACUCCCACUCAAUUAAAAGCUACUGACUAAAACAAUAAAAAUGGAUAAUCUCGACAUCAACAACUAUACACUUAUCGGAUUGAAGACUUGGUGUGCUCGAUUAAAUCUGCCCACAGAGGGUAGUAAGGCCAGCUUGAUUGCAAUGCUGAAUGAAAUUCCUGCAUUUGAGCGUGGACCUGGACCAAUAGUCGACAAUCAAGGCGCAAUUCCUAAACACAAAGAAAAUAACGAAAUCAACUACGCAUUAAAAGGCACUGGCGAAAUUUCUGGAGACUCCGACAACGGCACUGUACCCACAGCUUCAGCUAGCAGUGUAUCAGACAAGGACGGAUAUACUGACCUGCUCGUUGAGUUCGACGCACACAACGAAACGUUGAGGAAAGAAGAAACGCCGAUUGAAGCAAUAGUGCAGACCACAAAAAAGAUGUCGUUGGUAUUCGAAAAAGACAACAAAGAAGAAAUCGGAACAUUAAUAGAAGUUGGCAGCUCCAGCCCCACUCCGAUAAAUAGUAAUUUUGCAACACUAGAACAAACCAUCGAAAACCUGCAACACGAAAACGAACAGCUGCGCAAAAAAUCAGCUGUCCCAUUUAAUGUAAUAAAAGAAUGCGUUCCUGAGUUCAAUGGCGAAGGUGAUAUUGAUGUUUGGCUAACCUGCAUAAAAAAUGUUCAAGCCAUUUUCAAAGUUGAAGAUGACAUUAUGCGCUCACUCAUUUGCGCACGCAUUAAAGGCAAAGCCAGUGCUUGGUUCUUCGCAAACUACUCGCCUCUCUCCGCGGGCAUUGAUCAAAUUCUACAUCAACUUCGUGUCAUGUUUGGAAACAAGGACAACAUUCUGGAAACUCGUCGCAAGUUUGAACAACGAAAAUGGAUAUUUGAUGAAAAGUUCGUGGUGUACUAUCACGAAAAGUUGCUACUUGCCAAAGAUCUAAAUAUGAACGACGCUGAGACCAUACAAUACUUGAUUGAUGGAAUCCCGGAUCAACAGUUACGCAAUCAAGCAUUGCUUCAAUGUUUUGUCUCGACAGAGGCUAUGCUUAUGGCAUUCCAGCACCUGAACAGACCUCGUCCACCACCCACCAAGAUGCGUCCUUCCUUGGCUGACGUUAAGAACUACACAGGACCCAAGUCAGAUGUAAGCCAACCAGGGACCACAACUACAUCGUCACAGGCCAUGAAAUGUUACAAUUGCCAUAGCUUGGGCCAUUCCGCAGCCGAAUGCCGCAAGCCUGUACGCCCAGAUGGAGCCUGCUAUGCCUGUGGUGAAUACGGGCAUGUGGCCAGAGAUUGCAAGCUGUAUAAGAAGAACAUCAAAGAAACUAAAAACGAUUACAGUGCCUUCUAGACUCGGGAAGUCCGAUCUCAUUUGUUAAACAAUCAAUAGUUCCUGAAGGACUUAAAAUUCGUAACACUGAAGACCAUGAAGAUUAUGUUGGAAUAAAUAAUAGUAAAUUAGUCAUUUUUGGAAAAAUAUUUUGUAACAUUAUAACUUCAAAUAAAACUGUUAAUAUUGAAACAAUGGUCGUGAACAAUGAGUCUACAAGGUACAAUAUGGUACUAGGUAGAGAUUUCUUAGAGCUAUGCAACUUACAAUUAAUUUCAGUGAACGAUACUAAGACCAGAUUGAUCGAUGUAAAAUGGUAUGAUAACUGUGAACAGCCUGUAAGGGUAGGCAUCACAGAAACAACAAAGAGUAUAAGACAACGUAAAGUCUCAACAGAAGAGUCAAAAGUAGAGCCAAAAGUAGAGUCAAUAGUAGCGGAAGUAGUAGAGCCAAAAGUAGAGUCAAUAGUAGCGGAAAUAGUGGAGCCAAAAGAAAAAAUCAACGUAGCGAGCUAUCACAAAGUUAAGUCAAACAAUAAAAUUAAUAUUACAAAUUCAAAGCCAGAAGUAGUGAAAUCGAAUCCUUUUAAAAACAAUGUACAUAUACAAGGCAAAGAAAACAUAGACGUCAACGUAGAAGGCGAGCCAAACGAUUUUGAUAAAGAAAUGUUAGCCAUCAAUGUUGUGCAAGAAGGCAACGCUACUUUCAAGGUGGGGGAAGAAAUUAAUUAUAAAGUAAGAGAACAAUUCAAACGUAUCUUCGAAGAACAAUAUUUGCUAGCCAAUAGAUCACUAGAACCCAAAGUAAAAACUAUAAUGAAAAUCACGGUAGAGAGUAAUAAACCAUUCAAUUGUCCACCACGGAGAUUAUCAUACAUGGAAAAAACAGAAGUACAAAAAAUUCUAGAUGAAAACCUAGAAUUAGGUUAUAUACGUCCCAGCGAAUCAGAGUUCGUAUCACCAAUAGUUCUAAUUAAAAAGAAGACUGGUGAGCUAAGAUUAUGUGUAGAUUAUCGUAGGCUGAACAAAGUAACUAUAAAAGACAACUAUCCAAUCCCCCUGAUAGAUGAUCUGUUAGAAAGGUUAGCGAACAAGAAGUUAUUUUCCAAACUAGAUCUAAAAAAUGGGUUUCAUCAUGUAUUCAUGCAUGAGGAUUCUAUCAAAUACACCUCGUUUACAACGCCUUUAGGACAAUUUGAAUACACAAGAAUGCCAUUUGGGCUAAAGAAUGCAUCUCCUACGUUUCAAAGAUACAUAAAUAAAAUUUUUUCUGAUAUGGUCAAAGAUGGUAGAGUAAUCAUUUAUUUAGAUGACAUAAUGAUUGCUUCAGAAGAUAUCAACACCCACUUUAAGAUACUUAAAGAAGUUUUUAAAAGAGUAGUAGACAACAGUUUAAAUCUUCGACUUGAUAAAUGCGAAUUUUUGCAAUCGUCUGUAAACUAUCUAGGGUAUACAGUAACAGGAAAUGGCAUAUGUGCAAAUGAGACGGGCAUAGACGCCAUAAAUAGUUUCCCGGUACCCAAAAAAGUGCACGAAAUUCAAAGCUUCAUUGGUCUAUGUUCUUACUUUAGGAGGUUCAUCAAAGAUUUCGCAUUAAUAGCAAAGCCAUUAUAUGAUGCAACAAGAAAGGAUAAAAAAUUUGAGUUUGGAGAAGUAGAGAUAGAAGCAUUUCAAGCGCUAAAAAAUAAGCUGAUAGAAACUCCGAUUUUAGCAAUUUAUAAUCCACACGACGAAACCGAGCUGCACUGUGAUGCAAGCUCUUUAGGUUAUGGAGCCAUUCUUCUUCAAAGAAAGAAUGAUAGUAAAUUCCAUCCAAUAUUUUACUUCUCCAAGAGAACUACAGAUGUCGAGUCGAGAUAUCAUAGCUUCGAGCUAGAAACAUUAGCGAUCAUAAACGCACUCAAAAGAUUUCGUGUCUAUCUACAAGGUAUUAAAUUCAAAAUAGUGACCGACUGUAAUUCAUUAACAUUAACGUUAAAUAAAAAAGAGCUAAACCCUCGUAUAGCGAGAUGGGCACUCGAAUUGCAAAAUUAUGAUUUUGAUCUCGAACACAGAUCUGGAAAAAGGAUGCAGCAUGUAGAUGCACUCAGUCGUAACAAUAAUAUUUUAAUAUUAGAAACAAAUACUUUCGAAGAUAAUUUAAUAAUAUCACAAAGUAGAGAUGAAAAGUUAAGAAAAGUCAAAGACAUGUUAUUAGAAAGGGAAAAUGAAUAUUAUGAAAUGCGCAACGGUGUAAUUUAUAAAAAGCACAACGAAGG